UGCAUAAGCAGCUUCCUGGGCCCUCGAGGAGGCUGCCCCGUGGUGCUUUGUCUCUCCAGGCCCUGCUGCCCUUCUGCAUGGCCACAGAGAAAGCCAGGGAACAGCCCGGCCCCCAAAAGGCCUCUGUGGGGGUCGAGGCUCCCAGGAGUGGUGCUGAAGGGGCCCCCCUGACCAAGAGCCAGAGCACAAGGGAGAAGAAGAGAUUCCGAGGGUCCCGGAAGGGAUCUAGCAGCUCCGGGGAGCAGCCUCCUGUGCGGGACUCCGAGGGCCCUGGGAGCAGCAGGAUGCCAUCUGGAGCCAGAGGGUUGAAGGAGGGGUCAGGCGCCCCUGGAAACCCUGCUCGACGCCAGUCCCAUCGGCAGCACCCCGGGUCCCAAAAGGACGCUGCUCAGAAGACAUAUGGGCCUUUGCUCGACCGAAUCUUUGGGAAGGACCGAGAGCUGGGCCCCCAGGAGCUGGCUGAGCUGCAGGCCGCCUUCCAGGAGUUCGACACUGACCAAGAUGGCUACAUCAGCCACCGGGAGCUGGGCGCCUGCAUGCGGACGCUGGGCUACAUGCCCACAGAGAUGGAGCUCCUGGAGGUCUCGCAGCACGUGAAGAUGCGAAUGGGUGGCUGCGUGGACUUGGAGGAGUUCGUGGAGAUGAUGGGCCCCAAGCUGCGGGAGGAGACGGCGCACAUGCUGGGGGUGCGGGAGCUUCGAAUCGCCUUUCGCGAGUUCGACAGGGACCUGGACGGGCGGAUCACGGUGGCGGAGCUGCGGGAGGCGGUUCCCGCUCUGCUCGGGGAGCCGCUGGCCGGGCCAGAGCUGGACGAGAUGCUGAGAGAGGUGGACCUUGAUGGGGAUGGCACUGUAGACUUCGAUGAGUUUGUGAUGAUGCUUCGCCCCUACUGAGGCUCCAGGGAGAGAAGGCCUCGCCCCCCCCCCACACACCUCGCCCCUGGAGGGAAGAGACCCUGGAGGCCCUGCUCCCUUUGCCGCUGACUUGUGAGGUUGUCUGCCCCCCCCUCAUCCUUGCCAUCUCCCACCCCCACCCCAGGUGCUGAAGAGAGUGAGCGAAGGGGUGAGCCUAGGUGUCAAAGGCAGAGAGAGAGCAAAAAGCUGGGACAGGGAGGCAGCUGACCCCAUGAGAACCCCGGCUGGCAGAGGGGACCCAGAGCCGGUGCCUGGCACCCAGCAGUACCAGAGGCGGGUGCAACGUGUGGAUGUGACUGCAGCCUGGCUCUCUGAGGACUGUCCUGUUCAUGGAGAGGGACCGAGCGGGAGGGUGGCUCAGAGGGAUAGCUCGCACCUCGCCUGCCUGGGGCCCUGGGUUCCAGCCUCCUCACCAAGCGAAGACAAGCAAGACAAAAUGCAACCAGAAAUGCAGGAAAGCAUGAGAGGGUGGUGCUUGGCGCCUCUCUUUCUCAUACAGCCACUGCAACUAAAUCCACUAGGGGCCAGGUGGAGGCCCGCGGACCUGGGUUCAAGCCUGAGAGGGGAAGCUUCACAAGUGAUGAAGCCACAUGGCAGGUGCCUCUCCUUUGUCUCUUAUUCUCUAUCAAAAAGUAGAAAGGAAAAGGAAAAAGGGGCCAUCAGCAACGGUGGAAUCAAGUAGGCACCAAGCCCCAGUGAUAACCCUGGUGGCAAAUAGAUAACAAUGUAGGCGGGAGAGACAGCACAUGGUUGUGGAAAAGGACUCAUGCGUGAGGUUCCAAAGCCCCAG